UGCUGGUGGGCGGCUGCCUGGAGCGGGAGGCCAUGGCGGGCCAACGCACUGUCCGCGCCUCUGAGGAGAACUUGGAACCCCUGGAAAAAGGUUUAUUCCAAGAUGAAGAUUCAUGUUAUGACUGUAAUUAUUGUGAUAAGCCAGGUACCAUUUUACAAAGCUUUGUACCAGAAGGAAAAACUCUUUUCCCAGAAAUUUUUCAAACAAAUCAACUUUUGUUCUAUGAGCGAUUCCAAGCCUAUCAGGAUUACAUUUUAGCUGACUGCAAAGCCUCUGAGGUGAGGGAAUUCACAGCUGAAUUCUUAGAGAAGGUCCUUGAACCAUCUGGAUGGCGAGCAGUCUGGCACACGAAUGUAUUUGAGGUGUUGGUUGAGGUUACAGACGUGGACUUUUCAGCCUUAAAGGCAGUGGUGAAGCUUGCUGAGCCAUAUAUUUGUGAAUCUGAAGUGAGCACUUUUACUUUGGAGUGUAUGAAGGAGCUUCUUGAUCUGAAGGAAUAUCGGUUGCCCUUACAGGAGUUGUGGGUGGUAUUUGAUGAUUCUGGAGUGUUUGACCAGACAGCCCUUGCAAUUGAGCAUGUCAGAUUUUUCUACCAAAACAUCUGGAGAAGCUGGGAUGAAGAAGAGGAGGACGAGUAUGAUUAUUUUGUCAGAUGUGUUGAGCCUCGCUUGAGAUUGCAUUAUGACAUUCUUGAAGACCGAGUUCCCUCAGGACUUAUUGUUGACUACCACAAUCUCUUGUCGCAGUGUGAGGAGAAUUAUAGGAAAUUCUUGAAUCUGAGAAGCAGUUUGUCAAAUUGUAAUUCUGAUUCUGAGCAAGAAAACAUCACUAUGGUAGAAGGGUUAAAACUGUAUUCAGAGAUUGAACAGCUGAAACAAAAGCUAAAACUCAUUGAGAAUCCUUUGUUAAGAUAUGUGUUUGGUUAUCAGAAGAACUCUAGUAUCCAAGCAAAGGGCACACGUCCAAAUGGCCAGAAGGUGACUCAUGUGGUCUCUUCCACCGUGAGGACUGGUCUACUUCAGUCUCUGCUGAGGGACAAGUUGUGUAAGGAAGAAAUGGAAAUUCAGUUUCAUAGUGAUCCACUGUCAGCUGUAAAUGCCUGCUAUGAAGGUGACACUGUUAUUGUUUGUCCAGGCCAUUACACGGUACAUGGUUCAUUCUCCAUUGCUGACUCCAUUGAGUUAGAAGGGUAUGGUCUACCAGAUGAUAUUGUGAUAGAAAAGAGGGGCAAAGGGGACACUUUUGUGGAUUGCACAGGGGCAGAUAUUAAAAUCUCAAGCAUAAAAUUUAUUCAGCAUGAUGCUGUAGAAGGAAUCUUAAUUAUUCAUCAUGGCAAGACUACACUGGACAAUUGUGUACUGCAAUGUGAAACUACAGGUGUCACCAUACGAACAUCGGCUGAAUUUUUAAUGAAGGACUCAGAUUUAUAUGGUGCCAAAGGUGCUGGUAUAGAGAUAUAUCCUGGGAGUCAGUGUUCCUUGAUUGACAAUGUGAUCCAUCAUUGCAAGGAGGGGAUUCUCAUCAAGGACUUCUUAGAUGAGCAUUAUGACAUUCCCAAGAUAUCCAUGGUAAAUAAUAUGAUACAUAAUAAUGAAGGUUAUGGUGUUGUUUUGGUGAAACCUGUAAUUUUCUCUGACCUGCAAAAAAAUACCCAAGAUGAAACUGAAGAAAAUGAAGCAAUGAAACUGAAGACAAGUGUAGAGGCAGAUGCCGCCAUAAGGGUUGAUCUAGAAGAGCUGAUUCAGUGUACGACUGGCAAAAUGGAACUUCAUGUAAAAGCUGACCUUUCUGAACAGGCUGAGGGGAACUAUGAAAUUGCAAGUGAAAUAGUUGCUGCAUCCACACAGAAAGGCCAGAUGAGGAAGAAAAGGUUGAGUGAACUAGGCAUCACACAAGCUGAUGACAACUUAAUGUCACAGGAGAUGUUUGUUGCAAUCAUGGGAAACCAGUUUAAGUGGAAUGGGAAAGGGAGUUUUGGUACAUUUCUAUUCUGACCACAAUGAUGUAAAUAUAUAUCAAAACGUUGGAUCUUGCACCUGUUGCCCUGAGAAUCACUGCUGCUUUGAGCUAUAUGUUACUAUAUUUGAUAAUACUCAAUUGGGUUUGAGUUAAAGAUGGAUUUUAUUUCUGCAAGUAUUGCACAUUAAACAUUCUUUUUAAGAAAGUCUGUACAAAAACCUAUAAAAUAGGAAAUAAUUGGCAAUUACUUAUCAAGAAAAUCCUUUCUUAAAUGCUCUUCUAGUAACUUUUAGAGUAAAUGUACAUUAACCUAGCACUUCAAAGAGGAGGAAGAAAGGCAGAUAAUCAAGAUUGUGCAGAAGGUGUCACAUGUGCAUUGUUCUUCUACAGUAGUUAUCUUUAUAACAGGUCUGUUUCCAUACAGUAUUUGCAUAAUAUUUGUCUUAAAAUAAGAGCUCUGAAUUGGAAUUUACCUAAUUAGGCUUACUGUUGUAUUUUUAUACUGAGCUAUGCAGUCGUCAAAACAACAGUAGACACAUAACAAAUUUGACACAGAAAAGAGAGGUAUUGAUUGGAAUGUUUGUUUACAUAGAGCAUUUCCAGUAUUGAUGUGAUUGAUUUAAAAAUGUAUUUUCUUUUACCAUAGUAAGGUUCUGAUCCUAUUUCUCAGAUGGUCAAUAUGACUGUCUAUACAACUGUAUUUUUCUUGGUAUCUCAUACUGUAAAACAACUUUUAAACAUAUUUAUAUUUUAAAAAAACUGUGACAUUAAUAUGCCUUUUGGUUAAAAUUAUACUGAUGUAAUAAUAAAGCUGAAUCUUGUUAUA